AUGGUGGAAUUAAAUGCUGUUCAAUGUCCUAUAAACAACGUAAUCCUUUAUCAAGAUAGAGCCCAGAUAGAUAGAAACUUACAAGUUGACGUCACUCACGGUCAAAACUCAGUCACCCUUAAGAACCUCACAAACGCUAUUGAUCGCGAUAGCCUGAAAGUCACAACAACAACCUCAGAUUUACUCCUAUUUGACGUAAUUUUCCACCCUUCCACCAGCAAGAGGAGAGAACCAGAGGAACUUGUAAAGGCUAGAAAUGCCCAUAGACUACUCGUCAUCGAGAAAGAUGUUCUUUUACAUGAAAUCGAAACUCUCAACAAUUUUGGUACUACUAUAAACACCUCACAGACUGCAGAUCCAGCCAAGACCCUUGAGAACUAUCUAAACAUACUUCCUGGCAGAUCUCUCAACGCACAUACCAAGCUUCUCGAUGUUGAAACACAAAUGGAAGUUGUACAGGAACAAAUCCACGAUUUGGAACAGGAAUACUACAGGUGCCAAUCUGGGGCAGACUCCAGUGUCGAAAUUAUUUUUUCAGUCCAAUCGACUGGUUUAGUCAUGCUCAACUUAUCUUAUAUGGUUAAUGAUGCAAGCUGGUCUCCUCUAUACGACGUUAGAGCAUCUACAGACGGUACGAUGGAAAUAGAUUACCGCGCGCAAGUCUGGCAAUCAACGGGAGAAGAUUGGAAUGCCGUUUCUUUGAUUUUAUCUACAUCUACGCCAAGUGUUGGCUCAGAAAUACCUACCUUGAUACCCUCGAAGGUGCAAAUCAAGCCACCUCCUCAACCACGAGGACCACAGAUGCGCAUGUUAAGCAAGGCUGCUAUGAGCGACGCGAGUGCUGUGCCAGAAGCUGCUCUCUUCUGCGCAAAUGUCAGUGUCCAGAACCACACGCUCAGCUCAUCUUUCACCAUUGAUGGCCGCACAACUGUGGCAUCCGACAACAAGGAGCACAAAGUCAGUAUCAGGAAGCUUACUUUGGACAGCACGAUGAAGUGGAUUUGCGUGCCUACACAAUCUGAAAGGGCCUACUUGCAAUCUGUUGUGACAAAUGACAGCGACGCACCCCUCCUACAUGGUGAUGCAUUAGUUUUCCUGGAUGGUAGCUUCGUAUCCCGCAGUGUCGUCCCAGAAGCAGCCCCAGGCGCCUCGUUCGAUCUUAGCUUGGGCGUCGACAAGCAUAUCAAGGUGUCGACGCACCACCAGAAGGAUCAUUACAAUGGUAUAGUCAGCAAGGGCAUUCUCGAACGAUUCAAUACGGAUGCUCGCACGCAGUCACGAACGAAGUCUGCCACCUUCACAGUACAUAAUACCAAGCAAAAUAAGGCAUCAAAUAUGAAUGUCGUCGUUCGCUCGCAAAUCCCUGUUAGCGUCGACGAGCGCGUCAAAGUGGUGAUCAAGGAGCCCUCACAACUUGCAGACACUGACAGCCAACCUGAUCCUUCCACUAAAGCCGAGUGGAUUGACAAAUUCGACGGUACAUUUAGCUGGUCUUUUGAAUUAGGCGCAAAUCAAUCCAAGGACCUCCAGAUCGACUAUGAUCUUGAGUGGCCAGAAGAUGCACAAAUCUUGCUCUAG